AUGGAAGAUGUACGCAGCCCUCCGGAGCUCUAUAUUCCAGAGUCGAAAAGCACGGUCAAGGUGGCCAUAAUCAACACAACUAGCCGGAUGGGUAAAUUUCCGGGUGCAGCAUUUAUAGACCCUAUCAUUCCUGGUACUGAAGAGAUGCAUUGCGUCAGUUUCGCCUUCCUGAUCGAACAUCCUACCAAAGCAGCCAUGCAGGUAGGCUGUAUUAUCGAGGUGGAAAAGGAUGUCGCAACUAUACUACGUGAGAACGGUCAGGAUUUGGCCAGUGUGGGAGGCAUUGUCUGGUCUCACUGGCAUUUCGACCACGUCGGCGACCCUAACACCUUUCCUCAGUCGACAGAUAUUAUUGUUGGAUCAGGUUUCAAAUCCCAUCAUUUACCCGUGUUCCCCACCGUUCCGGAAUCUCGGGUAGAUGAGAGAGCAUGGAUAGGCCGUGCGCUCAACAAGAUCGACUUCAGGAAAGAAGGCCAAGGGCUCAAAAUUGGAAAAUUUGACGCAAUUGACUUGUACGGAGAUGGAAGUUUUUACUUAUUGGAUACGCCUAGCCAUGGAUUUGGGCACAUUUCGGGUCUUGCCAGAACUACAGUUGAUCCUCCGACAUUUAUAUUCAUGGGCGGAGAUGUGGCACACCACGGUGGUCAGUUCCGUCCAAAUAAAUAUGUGCCCUUGCCUGGAGAAAUUGAUCCGAACCCAUUAGAGCAUGCUCUGACCCAACCGCCAGCGAAAUGCCCUGUCGAGAUGUUCCUUUCAAUUCACCCCAAAAAGAGUCGCACUUUGCCAUUCUUCAAUCCGACUGCAGCCGAAGGAAGGCGGCACUUAUCAGCGUCGGAAGCAACACACAGCAUCGAGAAAAUGAUUGAGUUUGACGUAUACGACAACAUCUUUCCAGUUAUUUCCCAUGAUAAUAGCUUGAUUAGUGUCGUAGAUCUCUAUCCAAGACCGGCAAACGACUGGCAAAAGAAGGGAUGGAAGGAUAUAAGUCGAUGGGGCUUCCUUAGAGAAUUUAUUCCAGGAAUUAGUCAAGGUGGAUAA